AUGCUAUCUAUUUUUUACCAGACACCCAAACUAGCUGAAGAUGUGAUCUCAAUAUAUACCACAUUUUCCUAUAGUGUUGUGGCUUUUGCUGCUGGUUAUUUUAUUCACGAUACAAUAGACAUGAUUGGAACUCCACGGUCAAGACAAUGUAUUGAGUUGAUAGCUCACCAUUUUGUUCUCCUUAUCGCUCUCUCUGUUCCCAUAUUAACCUACAAGAGUGUUGGGUACUUGCUGGUUGGUCUUCUGGUUGAGAUUAACUCUAUCUUCCUCCAUUUACGGCAGCUCUUAUUACUACACAAAUUCGACAAGACAUCCUCAACUUACAGGCUGAACAGUAUUCUAAACUUAGGAACUUUCAUAAUUUUCCGAAUUUCUCCAUUGUGCUGGAUGACUCGGUGGAUUGUUAUCAACAAGAACCUUGUGCCAUUUUUCUUUUACUUUCUUUCAAGCCUUGGCCUGGCCAUUACAACCGUCAUGAACAUUGUCCUUUUCUACAGGUGCCUCAGUAGUGAUUUCAUUCAUCGCAAGGACACAUCUUCUAAGCUUGAAUGA